CACUUCCUUGUGGGCAGUUCCAAAACAAAAAACGCUAAGGGGUAAGCACUCCAUAAGGUGUACUAAAUUCAUGGAUCAGUAGGAUCGAUGUUGAUAUAUUGACCUACAGAAGUUGCCAAGGACCGGGACAUAACCAGAGCACACCUUGACAAUACAUUAAACGGAAACUAAGAUGGCUUCGACUCUGGCCAACAGAGCAAUGGGAGCCAUUGUGGGAUCAGCUGUUGCAGAUGCAGCAGCGCAGCCUCUCCACUGGGUGUACGACCUCCAGAAGUUGCAGGGGAUUCUGGCUGAGAAUCCGAAUCCCGAAUUCCGCUCUGAGUCUGCCAACCCUUUCUACAGGAGGCAGACGGGCCAGCAGAGCUGCUAUGGAGACCAGGCAUUUGUCCUGCUGGAGUCCCUGUCUGAAUGUGAUGGUCUAAAUGUUGACGACCUAAAGCAGCGCAUGCUGAAAUUCUUUGGACCAGGAUCAGAGUACGACACCCCUGUGAAUGAUCCCUACAGGGAGAAAGGCGGACCAAGACCUCAGCUGCCCAUCGAGGGACCAUGGAGACAGGCAAGUUUGAAGAGCUUCUUGAAGAAUGUGGACGCAGGGAAAGAGGAGACAGGCUGUGAGAAUGACUGUCAGAUUGAUGGAAUAGCCAAAAUGGCUCCUAUCGUGGCUUUUUACGCUGGAAAGCCUGACAUGCUGGAAAUGGUUGAACAGGCCACCCGUGUCACCCAGAACAAUGAUGCAUGUGUGGCAGAGACUCUGGCAGCAGCAAGGUUUUUGGAGCAUUUCAUCCUGAAUGGUCCUGAUCCCAAAGCCUUAGAUGUGGUGCUCAACCAGCUCAGUGACCCAAACAGAAAGCAGCCCCAGGAUCUGGACAAAGCAGUCAUUGGGCACAUUCAUCAGGUGAAGGAGAAUUUAUCCAAGACUCCUAAGGAGGUGAUCCCCACUGUGUUUCCAAACACAUGAGGUUUGCCAGGUGCGUUCCAAGCAGCGCUGCACGGAGUCCUGACAGCCAAGCACUAUGAGAUGGCUAUCAGAGACACCAUGAGCUGCGGGGGAUGCACCUGUAGCAGGGGAUCCUUUAUUGGAGCGUGUCUUGGAGCUCAGGUGGGACUCGAAGGAAUCCCAACUUCCUGGGCAUCCAAAACCCUGCGAUACAACUCGGUGUUGGAGCAUGCCAAGAAGAUAACCAAACACCACCAGUAGUCUUCUGGAAUCGUGAUGGGAUUUUAAAAUGUGACGUGGCCGAGAACAUCAUGAAAAACUGUUGGGCUUUCUCAGAGCAGUGUAUGAAGGUUCCUGUCUAAACUUUUUCAUGGCUGGAACUGGAUGUUUUUGUCUCUGUUUAAGUUUUACAUGUUGGUUCAGAUGUUCUCUGAUUGAGAUGUACAGCAAUAAAGUGAAUAAAAAAAAGGCGUGAUCAAGAA